AUGGAUUUCGCGGCGCUCAUGUCCAAGGAGCUGGACAAGUCCAAGGAGGCGACGCCGGCCUCGUCCUCGUCCUCGUCCAAAUACCUCAAGCGCGCCGACGUCGAGGCGAAGCGCAGGGAAGAGUACCUCGCCGAACAAGCGCGCAUCGAGGCCGAGCGGGAGGCCAGGGCCGCGUCGAAACGCAAGCGCGAGGAGGACGAGGCAGCCGAGAAGAAGGUCCGCGAGGAGAAGCGGCAGAAGCUCGCCGAGGAGUCACGGCGGCGGCGCGAGGAGAAGGAGGCAGAAGAGGAGCGCGUCCGGCGCAAGCGGCUGGGCCUGCCGGAGCUCGUCAAGGCCAGUAGCGAAGACGUCGCCGAGGUCGAGGACGGCAUGGAGGACGUGCCGGACGGGGAGCUCGCCGGCAGGCUGCGCGCGCUGGGCGAGCCGGCGACACUCUUUGGCGAGGGACACGUGGCGAGGCUGAGGCGGUACCGACGGCUCACGACGGUGGUCACAAAGGGCCCCAUCCCGACGACGCUGCAGCUGGUCGAGGAGAAGGACAUGAAGGUCGACGGCGCGGUGCCCAAGGACAAGGAGGGGCGGAGGUGGCUGUUCAGGCAGCUGGCGUCCUACUUCACCAUGGUCCUGACCGAGUACGAGAGGGCCAUGGAGCAGGAGCGGCGCGACACGACCGCGAGCAAGACGGCCUACAGCGCCAUGGUGCAGAGCCGCGAGAACCUCAAGCCGCUGUUCCGCAAGUUCGAAAAGUACGACCUCGACGAUGACCUCCUCGCGCCCAUCAUCGAGAUCGUCAAGGCCGCGCAGGAGCGCCGCUACGUCGACGCCAACGACGGAUACCUCCGCCUCUCGAUCGGCAAGGCCGCCUGGCCCAUCGGCGUCACCAUGGUCGGUAUCCACGAGCGCAGCGCCCGCGAGAAGCUGCACAACGGCGAGCGCGGGCACGUCAUGGGCGACGAGGUCACGCGCAAGUACCUGCAGAGCAUCAAGCGCCUCCUCACCUUUGCACAGGUCCGCUGGCCGCCCACCGACGUGCGGCAGCUCAUGGGAUGA